AUGGUUUUAGCUCAAACUUCUCAAGUGAUACAUGUGCAAAUGACGAUUAAAAGCGACAAAAAGGUUAUCUUCUGUUCGAUUGUUUAUGCUUCUAAUUCCUAUAUUACUAGGAGAGAUUUAUGGAGCCAUUUGGCUAGACAUAAAGUUCUAGUGGGUAAUCAACCUUGGAUUUUAAUGGGUGAUUUUAACUCUGCGUUGAAUUUGGAAGAUAAAUCAAUGGGAUCCUCUGGUAUCUCUACUAGUAUGCGGGACUUUCAAGAGUGUGUUAAUCAGCUUCAAGUGGCAGAUAUUAAAAGCAUAGGUUUCCACUUCACGUGGACUCAAAAGCCAAAGAAAGGGGUUGGUUUACUAAAGAAGAUCGAUAGAGCCAUGAGUAACAUUCAUUUUGUUAGUGACUACCCGGAAGCGGUGGCGAUGUUUCAACCAUAUCGUGUAUCGGACCAUUGCCCGUGCAUUCUUAGAAUCAACAAGACAGUAAGGAGAAAAGCAAGUUCUUUCAAGUUUGCAAACUUUUUGGUUUAUAAACCGGGUUAUUUGGAUGUGGUUAAGAAUAAUUGGGAUCUGGCAAUUUCGGGAGUGCAUCAAUUCCGUUUGGUCAAAAAGCUUCGUGCUCUUAAGUCUCCUCUUAGAUCUCUUUUAUUUAAGCAGGGUAAUCUUCAUAAAAAGGUAGAAGAGAUGCGUGGGAAAUUGGAUGCCAUUCAGAGGGAUGUAGAGAAAGAUCCGUUCAAUGAAAGCGCUAGACGUGAAGAAGUCGCGGCUACUCGUGCAUUUCAAGAAGCGUGCCUGGAUGAGGAAAGAUUUCUAAAGCAAAAAUCUAAAGUGGCUUGGUUACGAGCGGGGGAUGCCAACUCAAAAUUUUUUCAUUUGUCGCUGAAAUCUAGAAACCAUCGAACUCGUAUUGAAGGCAUUACGGAUGUAAAUGGGAUGUUUUGUGAAGGUCAGGCAGUUCCGGAAGCUUUUGUCAAUUUUUAUGAGACGUUCUUAGGGAGUGAAGGGGAUACGUCUUCGGUUCUGUCGCCGGAGAUGUUUCAUAAUCGUCUAAGCCGGAACGUUGCGGAUUUCAUGGUUCGGUCUAUUACAGUGGAGGAGGUAAAAUCGGCUAUUUUUGCUAUUGGUAAUGAUAAAGCUCCGGGUCCUGAUGGCUACACAGCGGCCUUUUCAAGAGCUCGUGGGAUAUUGUUGGAACGGAUGUUACAAAUGCCGUUAUGGAUUUUUUUAAUGCAGGCCGGUUGCUUCAAGAGAUAA